AUGGACAACACACUUCUUCCUGCUAGCGCUUCUACGGCGCCCUGCUUACCAGGUGCUUGCCGUCAAAGCUCAUCCUGGCGCCCUGACAACCCAGGGCUCUUCGCUUGGCUAUCGCUUGCCACCAUGGGAUUGGCGCUUGCCAAUACAUCGCUGCUCUUUCUCGCGCUGAUCACGGGCUCGAGGGCAUUUGCCCCGUCAUCAUCAUCAUCAUGUCACUCCCCCCGCCGGCUGCCACGUACAUCGCCCGUGGGUGCUGUUUCCGCAAAGCCCCCUCGCCCACGAGAGGGCGAGAGAGAAGAAGACCUGCCGGAAGAUCUCGAUGGGGGCGAGCAAGGGUUCGACUUCCUCUCGCGCAGGCGACCAGGCAUGCAGGAUAGGGGCGGAGUGCGCGUGCGACGCCGCAUGGACAAAUCCAGGACCGUGCCCACGGACCAGCAGCCCUUCAACGAGCUGCAGGAGCUCAAGGAGGACCCCUUGUUCGGAUGGGCGCAGGAGGAUUCCAAGGGCCUGGUCACUCGGUUAGCUCUCAUCUACGCGGUCGCAAUGGCUGUCAGCAUUCCCAUCGGGACCACGACGUUUCCGAACCAGCUGCCGGAGGCCUUGCUGGCGGCGAACAUCGGGGGGUUGGGUGUUCUUUUGGCGGUGGCUAUUCGGCUGUACAGCGGCUGGAACUACGUCUCCCUUCGCCUCGGAGCCGAAGUCGUGGAGUACGAGGAGUCAGGUUGGUACGACGGCAGCGAGUGGUAUAAGCCCCCGGACAUCCGCGCUAGAGACGAGAUGCUCAACAACUACGAGGUGCAGCCGGCCGUCGACCGUCUCAAAGCGGUUCUCGCCGCGAUCGGGCUCGGGUUUAUGCUUACGGUGGUCGGGUUCAAGGUUGUGGUGCCGGAUGACCCAUACGCGAUGCUAGACGAUACAUACCUCAACACCCUUAAGGGUGACGAUGACAUCGCGAACGAUGCCGCCAAGAAGGCGGCAGCAAGGGGUACGAACCGGCCAGUCUAUUGCGAGUCGCGGUACUACCAGGCCAUGGCGGGUGGCGGCCUUUGUGACAAGUAGAGACCGGUCGUAACGUUAAAGUUUCCAUGCUGGCUGGCUGGCCGCUCGCUCGGUAGGUCGGCAGCGCACGUUGGCUGCGCGCACGGUAGAUACAACAUCGAUGGAGCGUGGGGGGGGGGGGGAUGGGUUCGAUCAGGCGUAUUCGCCACCGUGAGGAGAGAGACCGCGAGCAUUCCUUCGUUUCUUAGGGCGCACUGCGGCGGUGUGGAGCUGAACAGCGCUGGCGUUGUCUUCUCCCGAUACCUGCUACUGGAGUGCGUGCUCUCUAUUUUUGUUCGUCUGAAAGUAUGACUCGUCUUCACAGAGGCGGCCAUGAGGUUCGAAGGGCUGUGUAUCGUGUCCGACACGUUCCGCCCCGCAGAUGAUGCGGUUCAGGCUGUAUAACAGUCCGUUCUUUUCCCAGCCCAACCGUACAUGCGUACAAUAUGCCCCAUGUUUCCGUUCCCUCAGUUGAUGCCGCGCGAAUUUGGGGAUUUGGGGAGUCGGGAUGUUGAUUGCCAACCAAAACGUGCUGUUUACCAGAGAUUUUUGUGUGAGAGGUCACCUCCUGAUCCGCCACGGAAUCAAUCUCGUCGCGUCAGGUGCCCCAUACUCUUCCCCUGGUGUCAUGAGUGCACAGGCAGCGACUAGGGAAACGCUUAGCGUGUGAAAGAUUAGAUGGUGGUUGAUAUAGAGGCCGGAGUCGAGCGGCACAGCACGAGGCGGGACCGGUACACACGAUGAUAAUGGUUCUUUGGGAGAGGGCGUAGCCACGCGGUAGAUGCAUUGUAUUGUACGUAGUUUGUACAUGGGUUUCGGGAGUGGGGGUGCGGUUCAGGUGUGGGAUUUAGAACGCUUGGAUCACCGGCCCUGCGAUCAAACCAGGGAAUUGGCGCAGAGGAGCGUGAGCUUGUGCAUAUGCCUUGUGUACAGCAGUCUUUUCUUCGAGGAGAGGGAUUGGUGACUGUCGUUGGCUGUACAUCGAUGGUAUCCGUGCGGCUAUAUAGCGUCGGCGGUGAGGGUCAGGGUGACUCUUUUGUUUCUUUCGUUAUUUUAGGAAAGGUUGUGGUGGUGUAGGACCCGGUUGUUGGUGCUGGACGGUGUGUGUAUGUGAAAGGCAAGAUUUGGGGUAUUGGUGACGAGCUGGACACAUACUGGCCGACUGAAGGCAGGUAGGUCUUACUAGAGAAGGCUAAAUAAAUCUCCCGGGGUUUAAGUUUUGAGGUACGCAAAUAAAUAAAUGACGUGUCACGAUUGAUGGACCUGCCUGGUGUUUGGUGCGUCGGGUCCAUCCACCAUCAAUAGGUUCGCACCGUAUUGUUGCGGUUGUGAUGGAAGUGUCGCUUUCAGGGCUUCGAAAAACGGAUGAUGAGUAGUCAAACGGAAGCCGGCCGUUGAAUUACCGGGUAGGCGGCAAACGACGACCCACGCGGCGAGAUGUUUGCUUUGGUGGCAGGAUGCAUUCCAACGUUGACAGACACGCGCCGUCCGGUGUUCGCGGUACAACAAAAGCUGCACUUUUAAGAAAUGAACAAAGCGCAACAUGACUAGA